AUGUGUAUGACGAGAGCUAAGGCUUGUCCAGCUCCUCCAGGCUGGAGGGAGGACGUUAGCGGGAAUGGAGCCCAGCAGGAGUUUCAUGUCGGUCAGUCAGUGCGAGUCACCUGCCCCAAAGGUCAGCAGGUGAAGGGCAGCGGCACCAUCAGCUGCCGGCCAGACCAGACCUGGAGCCCCGUCAGCUCUGUGUGUGAAAGGGUGUCCUGUGGCCCGCCCCUCCAUGUGGCCAAUGGGGUGGUGCGGGGGGCGGUGUUCCAGUUCGGGGACGUGGCGGUGUACUCGUGUUUUGGCGGCUACGUCAUGGAGGGCGUCGGAAGGAGCAGGUGUCUGGAGAACGGCACCUGGACGCCGCCUCCAACGUGCAGAGCUGUGUGCUGGCUGCAGUGUCAGAACGGAGGUGUGUGUCAGCGGCCCAACGUCUGCUCCUGCCCCGAGGGCUGGAUGGGCCGACUCUGUGAGGAGCCUAUCUGCAUCCUGCCGUGCCUGAACGGAGGCCGCUGUGUGGCACCAUACCAGUGCGAGUGUCCCUCUGGGUGGACGGGCACGCGUUGUCACAGUGCUGUGUGUUCAUCACCAUGUCUCAAUGGAGGUCGAUGCAUCAGGCCGAACAGAUGUCACUGCAGUUCAGGGUGGAGCGGACACGACUGCUCCCGGAAAAGGAAAUCAGGAUACUAUCACUUCUAAAGUUCCGCCUCAGCUCUGUGUGAAUCGUCCUAUGAAGGGAAUUCUUGUAAAGUUAACUGACACUCGAGCAAACCAGUCUCAUCUCUCCACAAAAGACAAAGCAAGAACCAUUUUGUAAAAUAAAGCUGUAUUUUUUCAUAUAGAGACUCAACAGUAUUAAAACAUAUGCUGCUAUAUACUUGUACGAUGUGUAAAAACUAUUGAUGCAAUUGUUCAAUGUAUAUGUGUAAACUAUUCUCACAUUUUUAUUAAAGCAUAAAAUACCAUUAAAUGCUCUUUCGUGAGGUUGUGAGUCAAAACGAUGUGUUGUGGUUCAUAAAGAGAAAUCAGACAAAGUUGAUGUAACUCAUCUUCAUUUAUUAAUCCCACCUUGUUGAACACGUUACAACGAGACGUUCAGGAGAAAAAGACAAAUUCUCUGUACAGGAUUUUAAAAGUGUUUGAAUGUUACAUACAUGGAUGUGACAUGACUAUGGAACUAGCACAUGAGUAGAAUAAAUGUCCGCCUGCUAUUUAGAAAAACAGGAGCCGAUGGUCGUGCAUUGCGUGGACAGAGGCGAGGCUACUGGCGGUUUCUGUGGAGCACG